GACUUUGGGUUGCUAUUGGUUGUCACGUGGUGCUGCGGGAACUCAGUGAGCGCCGCGCGAGGGCUGAAGGGAGCGGGCCGGUCGGGCUCCGUGAGGCGUGGCGGGCCUUGCCCGGCCCCGGGAGCGCCGGCAUGCCUCGGUACGCGCAGCUGGUCAUGGGCCCGGCAGGAAGCGGGAAGAGCACCUACUGUGCCACUAUGGUCCAACACUGUGAAGCCCUCAAUCGGUCUGUCCAAGUUGUGAACCUAGAUCCUGCAGCAGAACACUUCAACUACUCGGUGAUGGCUGAUAUUCGGGAACUGAUUGAGGUGGAUGAUGUCAUGGAGGAUGACUCUCUCCGCUUUGGUCCCAAUGGAGGAUUGGUAUUUUGCAUGGAGUACUUUGCCAAUAAUUUUGACUGGCUAGAGAACUGUCUUGGCCAUGUAGAGGACGACUACAUCCUUUUUGACUGUCCAGGUCAGAUUGAGUUGUAUACGCACCUGCCUGUGAUGAAACAGCUGGUCCAACAGCUGGAACAGUGGGAGUUCCGAGUCUGUGGAGUUUUUCUUGUUGAUUCUCAGUUCAUGGUGGAGUCGUUCAAGUUUAUUUCUGGCAUCUUGGCAGCCCUGAGUGCUAUGAUCUCCCUAGAAAUUCCACAAGUUAACAUCAUGACAAAAAUGGAUCUGCUUAGCAAGAAAGCUAAAAAGGAAAUUGAAAAAUUUUUAGACCCAGACAUGUAUUCUUUAUUAGACGAUUCUGCAAGUGACUUAAGAAGCAAAAAAUUCAAAAAAUUGACUAAAGCUAUAUGUGGACUGAUUGAUGACUAUAGCAUGGUUCGAUUUUUGCCUUACGAUCAGUCAGAUGAAGAAAGCAUGAAUAUUGUGUUACAGCAUAUUGAUUUUGCCAUUCAGUAUGGAGAAGACUUAGAAUUCAAAGAACCAAAGGAACAUGAAGAUGAAUCUUCUUCUAUGUUUGAUGAAUAUUUUCAAGGACACCAAAAUGAAUGAAGAAUUUUUCAGAGUAACUGUAUACCUGAAACACUUUCAGUUGAACCAAGACAUUCUUCUUUUCACAAGAUGCAAUACUAGAAAGCUACUUAUUUAAUGAAAAAGGCAAUACUUGGCUCUUUACCAGCAGCAUGCCUAAAUCAAGUUGUAGUUAUUCUGAAAUGGCUGGUGUUUCAAGGGGAAUCUUUUAGUAGUAUUUUUACAGCAUCAAUUUAGAUUUUAAAUGUUGAAAUUGAAAUGAAUGCACAUAGAUUUGCAUAUAAUAUAAAUGAGCAUCUGUGGUACAGUUAGGACUCAGUCUACCUUUAUUUUUCCUGUUUGAUUUUUGUUAUUUUUGAGGGUUUUUUUGGAGAGGCAGGAAUUAUUAUAACAAUAUACACAUAUGUGUCCAAAGGAAAAAAAUCUAGGAUAUAGUUAAGACCAUUGCUUAUUUGUAUGUCUGAAUUUUCCUAUAUUUGAAAAUGUAUCAUUUGUGUAAUUAAAUGAAAACUUUUAAAAAACAUAUAUGUAUAUAAAUAAAAUAAAUAGAAAACUAGUGCUAA